AUGUCCUCCCGCAGCCCCCGGCCCCCGCCCCGCCGCUGCCGCCGCCGCCUGCCGCGCCCCUCCUGCUGCUGCUGCUGCUGCCGACGCUCGCACCUCAACGAGGACACGGGUCGCUUCGUGCUGCUGGCGGCGCUCAUCGGCCUCUACCUGGUGGCGGGCGCCACAGUCUUCUCGGCGCUCGAGAGCCCGGGCGAGGCGGAGGCGCGGGCGCGCUGGGGCGCCACGCUGCGCAACUUCAGCGCGGCGCACGGCGUGGCGGAGCCAGAGCUGCGCGCCUUCCUCCGGCACUACGAGGCCGCGCUGGCUGCCGGCGUCCGAGCAGACGCGCUGCGCCCGCGCUGGGACUUCCCUGGCGCCUUCUACUUCGUGGGCACAGUGGUAUCCACCAUAGGUUUUGGCAUGACCACCCCCGCGACGGUAGGCGGGAAGGCCUUCCUCAUCGCCUACGGGCUGUUCGGCUGCGCCGGAACCAUCCUGUUCUUCAACCUCUUCCUGGAGCGCAUCAUCUCUCUGCUGGCCUUCAUCAUGCGCGCCUGCAGGGAGCGCCAGUUGCGCCGCAGCGGCCUGCUGCCCGCCACCUUCCGCCGCGGCUCGGCGCUCUCGGAGGCCGACUGCCUGGCGGGCUGGAAGCCCUCGGUGUACCACGUGCUGCUGAUCCUGGGCCUGUUCGCCGUGCUGCUGUCGUGCUGCGCCUCGGCCAUGUACACCAGCGUGGAGGGCUGGGACUACGUGGACUCGCUCUACUUCUGCUUCGUCACCUUCAGCACCAUCGGCUUCGGGGACUUGGUGAGCAGCCAGCACGCCGCCUACCGGAACCAGGGGCUCUACCGCCUGGGCAACUUCCUCUUCAUCCUGCUCGGCGUGUGCUGCAUCUACUCGCUCUUCAACGUCAUCUCCAUCCUCAUCAAGCAGGUGCUCAACUGGAUGCUGCGCAAGCUGAGCUGCCGCUGCUGCGCGCGCUGCUGCCCGGCGCCCGGCGCGCCCCUGGCCCGGCGCAACGCCAUCACCCCGGGCUCCCGGCUGCGCCGCCGCCUGGCCGCGCUCGGCGCCGACCCCGCGGCCCGCGACAGCGACGCCGAGGGCCGCCGCCUGUCGGGCGAGCUCAUCUCCAUGCGCGACCUCACGGCCUCCAACAAGGUGUCGCUGGCGCUGCUGCAGAAGCAGCUGUCCGAGACGGCCAACGGCUACCCGCGCAGCGUGUGCGUCAACACGCGCCAGAACGGCUUCUCCGGCGGCGUAGGCGCGCUGGGCAUCAUGAACAACCGGCUGGCCGAGACCAGCGCCUCCAGGUAGACCGCCCGGCCGCGCCACGGACCCUCGGCAGGCUGGCGUGCCGCCGGCCGUGGUUUGCUUUCCUUCUCUCAGACGCUGGCGCUUUCUUAA